CGUGCUUAUGCAGCUAACAAGCUAAUGUAGCGCUAAAUUAAGGACUAGGCUGGGGAAAUUUUUCAAUCAUAAAAUGGCGGAUGUUGUCGAACGAGACGGAAUUCGGACGACUAUCCCUCCGGUGCUUCACACAUCCUCACGAAACGGCUCCGGUGUGAGUUCGGCUUCGGCAGUGGGCAGUGGCUCCGGUACCGGCGGUCAUACAACGGCUACCACGGUCACAUCAGGCCCCCGACUCGUCCGGAUCGUGAAAUCGGAUUCGGGCUAUGGUUUUAACGUUCGAGGGCAAGUGAGUGAAGGAGGACAACUGCGGAGCAUCAACGGAGAAUUGUACGCUCCACUCCAACAUGUUAGCGCUGUUUUACCGGGAGGAGCCGCGGACAGAGCUGGUAUCUCUAAGGGCGACCGGAUCCUUGAAGUGAAUGGCGUGAACGUGGAGGGGGCCACCCAUAAGCAGGUGGUGGAUCUGAUCCGGGCCGGGGAGAAGGAGUUAGUUCUGGCUGUCUUGUCGGUUCCGCAGCCAGAGACAGACAGCCUGGACCCGGGGGACGACGGCUCGGCCCAGUCCUGCUACGACUACAGUGACAGACAGGCCGUUCCCAUUUCCGUGCCCACCUACAAACACGUGGAACAGAACGGAGAGAAGUUUGUGGUCUAUAACGUUUACAUGGCGGGCAGACAGCUGUGCUCCAAGCGUUAUCGCGAGUUUGCCAUCCUCCAUCAGAACCUGAAGAGAGAAUUCGGCACGUUCACUUUCCCCAAGCUGCCCGGGAAAUGGCCCUUCUCCCUCUCCGAACAGCAGCUGGACGCCCGCAGGAGAGGCCUGGAGGAGUACCUGGAGAGAGUGUGUUCAGUGCGGGUGAUAGGCGAGAGCGACAUCAUGCAGGAGUUCCUGUCAGAAUCAGAUGAGAACUAUAAUGGGGUGUCGGAUGUGGAGCUGAGAAUAGCCAUGCCUGACAAGACUACAGUGACUGUGCGUGUUCGGAAGAACUCCACCACAGACCAGGUGUACCAGGCUGUCGUAAUGAAGGUUGGUAUGGACAGCAUCACAGCCAGUUACUUUGCACUGUUUGAAGUUAUCAACCACUCCUUUGUUCGUAAGUUGGCUCCUAACGAGUUUCCUCAUAAGCUGUACGUGCAGAACUACACCUCGGCCGUCCCCGGAACCUGCCUCACGCUCCGCAAGUGGCUCUUCACCACCGAGGAGGAGAUCCUGCUCAACGACAACGAACUGGCCAUCAGCUACUGCUUCCACCAGGCUCUGGAUGACGUAAAGAAGGGAUUUAUCAAAGUGGAGGAGAAAGCUUACCAGCUCCAGAAACUGGCUGAACAGAGGAAGAUGACUAUGUAUUUGAAUAUGGUGAGGACAUGUGAGGGCUAUAAUGAGAUCAUUUUUCCUCACUGCUCCUGUGACUCCCGGCGUAAAGGACACGUCAUCACCGCCAUCAGCAUCCAUCACUUCAAACUGCACGCCUGCACCGAGGAGGGAACACUAGAGAAUCAGGUGAUUGCGUUUGACUGGGCGGAGAUGCAGAGAUGGGACACCGACGAGGAAGGCAUGGCGUUCUGUUUCGAGUACGCACGAGGAGAGAAAAAACCACGCUGGGUGAAAAUCUUUACCCCUUAUUUUAACUACAUGCAUGAAUGCUUUGAGAGAGUCUUCUGUGAACUCAAAUGGAGGAAAGAGGUUGAAGAGGAAGCCACUGAUAAGGACAAUAAGAAUUGCAGCAAAGAUGGUAUGUGUAGUAAGAAUAUCUUCCAGCUGUUGAGACACAGAAGGGAUGGCGGCACCUGAGUGGAGAGAUCAUGACCUCCUGAAUACACACA